UUUCAGCGCGUACGUAAAUACUUUUCUCUCAGAACCAAAACCGAAUUAUCGUCGCGCGAUCCCGUUAGGGAAGUGGUGCUGUGUUGUGCUGCUCGCUGGUUGCGUUAACCAUCAUCGCCUUCUAAAGCAUCGGCAGUUCAUGCUGGAUAUUCGCGUAGCUCUGGGGGCAAACAUCGAAGCUGCGCCAGUCGAGUACAGUGCAGAAUCGAAAGGCUGUCUGCGGUAGUGAAGAUAUAGUGCCAGUCUUCCGGUGCAGCAGAACAAGUAAAGUACGGUAGCAGCGGACAGUCCACAUCCCCUUUCCCGGAAACGCAAGGGAAGCCCCACCUCCCGCACCAAUAUCACCAUCAAAAUCGAACAGGAACAAGCGGUCGGCUACAUCAUAGAUAGUGGCGCCCAUCAUGACAGCGACUGAUAACACGGUUCGCUUCAGCGAUCAUACGCUCGAUAAGGCGACGAAGGCGAAAGUCACACUGGAGAACUACUACAGCAACCUGAUCACACAGCACGGCGAGAGGAAACAGCGGCAGGCGAAGCUGGAGGCGUCGCUGAAGGAUGAAACGCUCUCCGAGUCGCAGCGCCAGGAGAAGCGCAUGCAGCAUGCCCAGAAGGAAACAGAGUUUCUGCGCCUGAAACGGUCCCGCCUGGGGGUAGAGGACUUUGAGGCACUGAAGGUGAUCGGUCGCGGUGCGUUCGGCGAGGUGCGGUUGGUGCAGAAGAAGGACACCGGUCACGUGUACGCGAUGAAGGUGCUGCGAAAGGCGGACAUGCUCGAGAAGGAACAGGUGGCCCAUGUGCGGGCGGAGCGAGACGUGCUGGUCGAGGCGGACCAUCAGUGGGUGGUGAAGAUGUACUACAGUUUUCAGGACUCGGUAAAUUUGUAUUUGAUUAUGGAAUUCCUGCCUGGCGGCGACAUGAUGACGUUGCUAAUGAAAAAGGACACCCUGUCAGAGGAGUGCACACAGUUCUAUAUCGUCGAGACGGCCCUAGCGAUCGAUUCGAUCCAUCGUCUCGGUUUCAUCCAUCGCGAUAUCAAGCCAGACAACCUACUGCUCGAUGCGCGCGGCCACCUGAAGCUGUCCGACUUUGGCCUCUGUACCGGUCUGAAGAAGUCACACCGUACCGACUUCUAUCGCGAUCUGUCGCAGGCGAAACCGUCCGACUUCAUCGGCACGUGCGCUAGCCCGAUGGACUCGAAGCGAAGGGCCGAAAGCUGGAAGCGCAAUCGGCGGGCGCUGGCGUACAGUACGGUGGGCACACCGGACUACAUAGCACCGGAGGUGUUCUUGCAGACGGGCUACGGUCCGGCCUGUGACUGGUGGUCGCUCGGUGUAAUCAUGUACGAGAUGCUGAUGGGCUAUCCACCGUUCUGCUCGGACAACCCGCAGGAUACGUACCGAAAAGUGAUGAACUGGCGGGAGACACUCAUCUUCCCGCCCGAGACGCCCAUCUCGGAGGAGGCACGUGAUACGAUAGUGAAGUUUUGCUGUGAAGCUGAAAGAAGACUCGGUUCGCAGCGUGGAAUUGAGGAUCUGAAGCUAGUGCAAUUCUUCCGCGGGGUCGACUGGGAGCACAUACGAGAGCGACCGGCAGCGAUUCCCGUGGAGGUGCGUUCCAUCGAUGACACAUCGAACUUUGACGAUUUCCCGGACGUGGCACUAGAGAUACCUGCACAUCCACAGCCGGAAGGGGAAGUGCUUAAGGAUUGGGUCUUCAUCAACUACACCUUCCGGAGGUUCGAAAGCCUUACCCAGCGCGGUACACCGACGAAAAAGUGAGCUGUGAGCGUGCGAUAGAAACAGAUCUAUAUUAGUGCGAGCGAAAAGAAACGGGAUUAGCGAAAGGAAAGCAAGUAUCACAGGCAGUGGCCAGGAGCAGCGGGCACCACCGUGAUCGAUUUGGGGGCUUGCAAGACUGGUUGCUACUACCCCUAAUGUCUAUAUAGUGACCACGCUGCGUUGCCAGCGAUAACUUUAGGUCGAUUUCAAACAUGUUGUCGCUCCUUGUCCUCGGUUUCUUACCCACUAUGACACCACGUCUCCCCUGACCGAUGGUUGUUCUUAUGAAGAUCAGUUAGGCAGGCAUCAUCAAUUGCCUGCAUACCGCUAGGAAGAGAUACGUCAGCAUUAGCAAAACAAAAAUUGUCGACUGAGAACCGGAGUAUCAGCCCAGAAACGAGCAACCGAACGGCAAAACAAACACCCCGAAUCGGUAACAGAGGUAAUUCUGAAUGAGAGUAGCAAUGGACUGGUUGCUGUGUGCAAUAAAAACUAAACAAAACAAAAAUCCUUUAACAUAAUGUGAAAUAGAGAAGCAUGGAUAGAUCCAUAUAAGUAAAUAGAUACAAAGAUAAUAAAAUAUAGAACGUUCUGAAAUCGGCAGCGGCUAAAAUCAAGCUUUGCACGACGACGUAAGCUUUGUGGGAGAAGACAAAUUUGUGACAGGAACAGCAACGCAGGGAUCAUCCCUACGUCACAGCCUCCCCCUUCGUAUAGCAAACCGAACAAAUUUGACCAUCCGUUGAAAGCAGGAAGAUUUUUUUUGGGGUGUCAAAAGAAGUAAAACAACAAACCAAAAAAGGAUUUCCUUUCACAAAGGGUUGUUCUUCUCGUUCAUUUUUGCCAACUCGUAGCCUCUUGCUUUAUAGGUUUAUUUGUUCUUCCUCAUGUACCAAGUACUCUAUUAGGCUUGUUAGUUUCUUAUGUAUUAGUUAAACUUAGAAAGAGGCAAAAAAACACAUACGCAUUAAUAUUUAGGUUCACUUUCGCCAACGAACGGGAAUCGGUGAGCGGCAGCAAGGGACCGUCCAGAGAAAGAGCAAAGAGGAAACAGGGAUCUAGGGGAAGCGAGAGCAGGAUAUGGUAGCUUCAUUUCAGCAUUUAGGAGAACUGUUUCGGAAAGUCCUAGGUCGGUAGGUGGAUUUCCUUUCGUUAAGUUAUUAUAUUUGUUUGUUUUUUAGAUGAAAAAGAUGAAGAAAAGUGGCUUACAAAAGUUAAGGACCGGAGGGACGGGAGUAGCAUGCGUUUGAAAGAGUGAUAGGAUCGACAAAAUAAUUAAUAAAAGCAAACAAAUCGCUAGUUUGAGGCAGCAAAAAACCGUUAAAAGUGUACAAACACUACUAAAACAUCCUCAGUUCGAAUUUCCUCAGACUAUUUAAGUUGUGUAGCGAGGCACAGUUGAAUAGAAGUAACAAUUUUUUCAAUCCAAUCUCAAUGCCAACACAAUAUUUUUUUCAUGAAAUGAUUUUAACAAUACUUUGACAAUUUUCCUUUAAAAAAAUCUAACCUUUAUCAGAGUGUCUAGGUUGUUUCCCCUUUCCUACUCGAACACGAGAAACACUGCGGCAUACGAUGAUAUGCCAGGAGCCGAUAGUAUUAAUUAGACUAUUAUGAAGUAUGAUGAUGUAUUGUAUUGUAUUGCAUUGUUUUUUUUUAUUAUUAUUAUUCGUUCACAAAAAAUGACAGCGUGUCGACAGCGACAGGAGUUAGAAAUGUUCUUCUAAGAGGCUCGCGCCUGCACGCAGAUGAUAUAAUAAUGAUAAUAAAACGGCAUGGUGUCUUAAUAACAACCAUA